AUGGCGUCUAAGGUUCGACCAACACUAUCUGAUAAUGAGUUGGUUAACAUCUUCAUGGGCACGUUGCAUGGGCUGUACUUUGAGAAAAUGAUUGGUAGUUCAUCAACAAACUUCGCCGAUAUGGUCACAAUUGGGGAACGUGUUGAGAAUGGGCUGAAGUCAGGGAAAAUAACAGACACGACCGCGCCGCAGUCCGUCAACAAGAGAUCGCAUGGGGGCUUCGCGAAGAAGAAGGAGGGGGAAGCAAACGCUAACCGAGGGAAUAAUUUUGGGAACCGCCCCCAGUUUGACAAAAUCCCGGUGCCGUACUCCGAAUUAGUCCCCUAUCUGGUUCAUGUGGGGGAAAUCAUACCAAAGGAAUUGCCCGUGGCCACUCCUCCAUUCCGCAACAACCAUGAUCCUAAUGCUUCGUGCGCGUAUCAUGCCGGAUUCAUAGGGCACUCCAAAGAAAAUUGUUGGGCACUUAAGUGCAAGAUUCAAGAUUUGAUCAACCAGAACAUCCUGACCUUCUCCGAAGAAAAACCGAAUGUAAAGACCAAUCCUUUGCCGAAUCAUAGUGGCACAUCAGUCAACGCCGUAAUUGAGGAGGUAAAGGCCGAAGUCGUACUGAAAGUUGAAGAGGUGAAGACUCCGAUGUCUGUUGUGUUACAAAAGCUUGAACAAUUUGGGUUUUUGGAAGAGGUGCAUGAAGAUUAUACAGUAUGCAAGUAUGAUCCCGAUAGUUGUGAGCAGUUGAAAGGGUGCGUGCAGACACUAAUGGACCAAGGUUUAAUACAGUUCUCUAAAGCUCAAGCAGCAACAGAGGUGGCAGUAGUUGAACCAAUAACUAUUGUAUACAGGAAGAAGAAGGUUGAAGCUCCUCCCAAAAGGAUUCAACCGAUCCAUUUCCGUGUCCCAACUCCAUUUCCGUAUCAGAACACCAAGGCAGUGCCUUGGAAUUAUGAGACCACGGCGUAUUUGGGAGGGAAAGAAAUCCACAUUCCUGAUACAAAGAUUGUCAACAUCGCUGGAGCGGGAGGCAUGAAUCGAAGUGGCCGUGUAUUCGCUCCUAAAUACACUCCUAGGGUGUCUCCAGCACCCACAAUUGUCUCACCUAAAGAGAAGGCAACUCCUACGCCGACUCCGCAGGCAGGGGCAACUGUACCCGCCACUCCGACCGUGAUGACUGCUCCAGUAAUGACGAGAGUUAUUGAUAAUGAUAAAGCUGCAGAGGCCGAAGUCUCCAAAGGUAAAAGGCUGAUGACGCCUUCCAAAAUAUCAAUUUUGUCUUUAUUGUUGAGUUCCGAGGAUUACCGCAAAGCAUUGCUGAAAGUUCUAAAUGCCGCUCAUGUGAUGCAAGAUAUCACGGUCGAUCAAUUUGAUGAUGUGGUUGCCAAUAUCACCACCAGUAGGUAUCUGGGAUUUAAUGAAGCAGAGUUACCUCCUAAGGGAAAGGCUCACAACAAAGCACUACAUAUUUCGGUCACAUGUACGGACUCUCUCUUAUCCCGAGUCCUUGUUGAUACUGGAUCCUCGCUUAAUGUACUGCCAAAAUCUACAUUAAGUCAGUUAUAG